AUGUCGUCACACGUUCCAAAAGCCCCCGGUUAUCUCCAGAUGCUGACCAGUGGAGCUCGAUAUUUCAGCGGCUUAGAGGAGGUGGUUUUCCGAAACAUCGAGGCCUGCAAGGAGCUAGCACAAUCACUCGGAGCCACAUACGGGCCGAACGGCCUCAACAAGCUGGUAAUCAACCACCUGCAGAAGAUCCUGGUGACGGGGGACAGCACCACAGUGCUACGCGAGUUCCAGAUCGAGCACCCGGCGGCCAACAUGAUGGUGCUGGCCAUGAAGAUGCAAGGGGAGGAGCAGGGUGACGGCAGGGCCCUGGUCCUCAUCCUGGCCGGCUCGCUGCUGGAGAGGGCAGGUGGCCUCCUGCGGAGCGGUCUCUCGGUGCCCGAGGUGAUCAAGGGGUACCGCAAGGGCUGCCACCGGGCGCUGGAGGUCCUGGAGAGUCUCAGCUGUGCCAACCUGGAGGACCUGUGGGACCAGGACGAAGUGGCUGCGGCCCUGCGGACCCCCAUCAUGAGUAAACAGUAUGGCUACCAGGACUUCCUGUCGCGGCUGGUUGCCUCGAGCUGCGUCUCAGUGAUGCCCGAGUCCGGGGUCUUCGACGCAGACUUGGUGCGGGUGUGCAAGGUGCUGGGGGCAGGGGUGACAGAUUCGCUGGUGCUGGGGGGCAUGACCUUCAAAAAGGAGGCAGAGAGCCUGGUGACAUCGGUGAGGGACGCCCGGGUGGUCAUCUACAGCUGCCCCUUCGAGCUGUCCCAGACCGAGACCAAGGGCACAGUCCUGCUCCGGGGGGUGGCAGACAUGCUGGGCUUCGGGGAUGGUGAAGAGCGGCUGAUGGAGGCCCAGGUGCGCCAGCUGGUGGAGGCCGGGGUGAACGUGCUGGUGGUGGGCGGGAAGGUGGGUGACUUGGCGCUACACUACGCCGACAAGCACCAGCUGAUGGUGGUGAGGCUUCACUCGAGGUACGACCUGAUGAGGCUGGGCAAGGCAGUGGAGGCCGCCCCCCUGCUGAAGCUGGGCCUCCCGGCCCCCGAGGAGAUCGGGCACUGUGACCACGUGUACCUGAGGGAGGUGGGCGACACCCAGGUGGUGAUCUUCGAGCAGGAGAAGCAGGAGUGCGCCGUCGCCACCAUCCUGCUCCGAGGGUCCACCCAGAGCCUGCAGGACAAUGUCGAGGAGGCUAUCAAAGACGGGGUCAACGCCUACAAGACCCUGAGCCAGGACAAGCGCAUGCUCCCGGGCGCCGGCGCAACGGAGAUGGAGCUGGCCCUGAGGGUGGUCUCCUAUGGGCAGACGUGCCCCGGCCUGGAUCAGUACGCCAUCCAGGAGUACGCCCGCUCCUUUGAGUCUGUGGCCAAGGCGCUGGUCCAGAACGCAGGGGACCAGGGGCAGCAGGUCACUGCCAAGCUCUACGCCGUCCACCAGGAGGGAGGCCGCAACAUGGGCUUCGACCUCGAGGCGGGGGGGGCGGCGAUACUGGACGCGGCCCAGGCCGGCAUUUGGGACCCCUUCCAGGUCAAGCGAUCGGCCAUCAAGCUGGCCACCAACGCUGCCAUCACCGUGCUCAGCGUCGACCAGAUCAUUAUGGCCAAGAAGUCGGGGGGGCCCAAGCCCCGGGGUGAUGACCCCAACUGGGACGAAGCGCCGGACCACAUCGACUGA